CCACUAACAGCACUUGUGAAUCCUCUAUGAUGCAUCAACUUGAGAGCUGGAUUUCCACGUAAUAUUAAGAGUAUUCCAUUAAUCAUCGCCGUGAGUGUGGAAUCAGUGCCGACCACAAUCCCAUUGUCUAUAAACAUUCCCACUAUUGAGGUGUGAGACAUUGCAGCCUCAAAAUGCUCUUGAGUACAAGAAAAACCAAAAAAUUACCCCUCACGAUUAUUGUAUUCUUCUAGAUGAUCAGAUUAAAAAACGAAUAAGAUCAAAAUAUUAAAAUAAAUAGGCAUGCACCUCAUCAUCGGUAUGUCCACCAGAUUCGUCAUCUGUUGUUCUUAGAUGAUUUCUAAACAAACAAUUCCCCUUUGUGAUUAGAAGGAAAGAUAAGAAGAUGAUGGAUAAGAUGAGGGAAAGAAAAAGAAAACAAGCGCCCUGCCUUACACACACACACACACUUGGUCAAAUGAAAAAGAACGUGGUCAAGCCCUGCCUUAAUCACACACACACACUUGGUCCAAUGAAAAACGAAUGUGGUCAAUGGUGAGCGGUUGUAAUUUCUGUUUUUUCUUGUACUUAAGAGCAUUUCAGGAUUGCAAUGUCUCACACUUCAAUAGUGGGAAUGUUUAUACAGGACGAAUUGUUGUCGGCACUGAUUCAAGACUCACAGGGGUGCUUAGUGGAACUAUUACGGGGAAAUCCAGCUCUCAAGUUACUGCAUCACAGAGGAUUUGCAAAUGCUGUUAGUGGAUAGUGGUAUCAAGGAUGUGUCGAAAUUCAUAGAAACAUAGAAGAAAAACUAAUAAGCUAUUUAUUAAUUCGUAUAUGGCCUUUAAUUUAUUAUUAAUUAUUUAAAAUUUUACUUAAUUAAUUUUUCGUGUAUUGUUAAAACAUAUUGUCAUGAGUAUGCGAAUCAAUUCCUAAGUAGGACGAGAAUUAAUGUGAAUAGAGCUUUUCCUUGGGCAGCGGAAGUCAUUCGAAGCUUGAAUCUUCCUUCAAAAACAUAAAAAAAGAAAAAAUCGAAAUGAUAUAUCUGUGCAACUCAAAAAACAAGGAUCUAAGCUCCCAAUGACUUUCACCGCUCAAGAAACAACUCUAUUCACAUAAAUUCUUGUCAUUCUUGGGAAUAGAUUCGCAUACUCAAGGCACUAUAUUUUAACAAUACAAAAAAAAUAAUUAAGCAAAAUUUCAAAGGAUAAAUAAUAAAUUAAAGACAAUAUAUACGAAGUAAAAUGAACAGCUUAUUAGUUUUUCAUCUAUGUUUGUAUAAAUUCUGAUACAUCCACUAACAGCACUUGUGAAUCCUCUAUGAUGCAUCAACUUGAGAGCUGGAUUUCCACGCAAUAUUAAGAGUAUUCCAUUAAUCACCGCCGUGAGUGUGGAAUCAGUGCCGACCACAAUCCCAUCCUGUAUAAACAUUCCCACUACUAAGGUGUGAGACAUUGCAGCCUCAAAAUGUCUUGAGUACAAGAAAAAACAAAAAAUUACCCCUCACGAUUAUUGUAUUCUUCUAGAUGAUCAGAUUAAAAAACGAAUAAGAUCAAAAUAUUAAAAUAAAUAGGCAUGCACCUCAUCAUCGGUAUGUCCACCAGAUUCGUCAUCUGUUGUUCUUAGAUGAUUUCUAAACAAACAGUUCCCCUUUGUGAUUAGAAGGAAAGAUAAGAAGAUGAUGGAUAAAAUGAGGGAAAGAAAAAGAAAACAAGCAUCCUGCCUUACACACACACACUUGGUCCAAUGAAAAAAGGACGUGGUCAAUGGUGAGCGGUUGUAAUUUCUGUUUUUUCUUGUACUUAAAAGCAUUCCAGGAUUGCAAUGUCUCACACAUCAAUAGUGGGAAUGUUUAUGCAGGAUGGAUUGUUGUCGGCACUGAUUCAAGACUCAUGGGGGUGAUUAGUGGAACUAUUACGUGGAAAUCCAGGUCUCAAGUUGCUGCAUCACAGAGGAUUUGCAAGUGCUGUUAGUGGAUGGUGCACUUGUGAAUCCUCUAUGAUGCAUCAACUUGAGAGCUGGAUUCCACGUAAUAUUAAGAGUAUUCCAUUAAUCACCGCCGUGAGUGUGGAAUCAGUGCCGACCACUAUUCCAUCUUGUAUAAACAUUCCCACUACUGAGGUGUGAGACAUUGCAGCCUCAAAAUGCUCUUGAGUACAAGAAAAAACAAAAAAUUACCCCUCAGCAUUAUUGUAUUCUUCUGGAUGAUCAAAUUAAAAAACGAAUAAGAUCAGAAUAAUAAAAUAAAUAGGCAUGCACCUCAUCAUCGGUAUGUCCACCAGAUUCGUCAUCUGUUGUUCUUAGAUGAUUUCUAAACAAACAGUUCCCCUUUGU